GUGAGGAGAGUGAGAGCAAGUGGCCCAGGAGCAGGAGAGGCUUCCAUCAAGUUUCACUCAUCCCUUUUCUUCCAGGUAUUAAACGAAUUUAAGUUACCCGUCCGUGGACCGGGACACCGUGAAACAUGGCUGCUUUUUCAGCCUGGUUCUGGAACGAGAGGUUCUGGCUCCCACACAACGUCACCUGGGCGGAUCUGGCAGACCCAGCUCCCGGGAUGGAGUACCCCAAAGCCGGACACUUGUUUACUGCCUUCCCGCUGGCUUUGGGGAUUUUCGCCGUCAGGAUACUUUUCGAAAGGUUUGUUGCCAGUCCCUGUGCCCGGAGUCUCCACAUCCAGCCAGGUGUUGGACGGAGAGCUCAGCCCAAUGCUCUGCUGGAGAAGGUGUUUACGUCCAUCACCAAGAAUCCAGACUCUCGCCAUCUGGAUGGCCUCUCCAAGCAGCUGGACUGGGAGGCGCGAAAGGUCCAGCGUUGGUUCCGACAGCGCAGGAACCAAGAUAAACCCAGCACGCACACCAAGUUCUGCGAGAGCAUGUGGAGGUUUACAUUUUAUUUGUGCAUAUUUACCUUUGGGUUCCGGUUUCUGUGGCAGUGUCCUUGGAUGUGGGAUACAAAGCUCUGCUGGUAUGGAUAUCCUUAUCAGGUCAUGACUCCGGGUCUUUACCGCUACUAUGUGAUAGAGCUGGCCUUCUACUGGUCACUCAUGUUCUCCCAAUUCACCGACAUAAAGAGGAAGGACUUCCUGAUAAUGUUCAUCCAUCACCUGGCGACAGUUAGCCUGAUCAGCUUUUCUUACAUCAACAACAUGACGCGAGUAGGGAGCCUCGUGAUGUGUGUCCACGAUGCCUCAGACUUCCUGCUGGAGGCAGGUAAGCUGGCCAACUAUGCCAAGUUCCAGCGCUUGUGUGACUUCCUCUUCAUUGUGUUUGGUGUGGCGUUCUUCAUCACACGGCUAGUUAUAUAUCCUGUAUGGGUCCUGAACUCCACUAUGUUUGAGAGCUGGGCCAUAGUCGGGCCGUACCCGUCCUGGUGGCUCUUCAACUUCUUGCUGCUGGUCCUCCAAGUGCUGCACAUCAUCUGGUUCUACCUCAUAGCCCGUAUAGCUGUGAAAGCUAUGCUGCGGGGCAAGACGCUGUUUGUUCCGUCUCCCUCUGGAAAGGGGGAGGGGGAGACGCCGUCUUUCUGUCUGUCUCCGCUACUCUCUCGCUUCUUCUCUGUUUGCUUUGUCCACUUGAGACCUUUACCUUCUCUGUUUGUGGCUGUGUGCAAAGACGUACGCAGUGACAUUGAGAGCAGCUCAGAGGAAGAGCCCGACACGCCCACAGAAGGCCCGAGGGCCUUCUCUCAUCUGCCCAAAGCAGAAAACGGCACUAGGGGCCACUGUGUCGCUGCCAAAGACGGAGUGCAGAACCACAACAGCUGGUGACAGGAGGCUGGGAGCCCCCUGCAGUUGGUCCCUCACAACAUCUAGGUCCUCUGACAUUCCCUUGACGUCUAAGGCACACACACACACACACUACACUGACAGUGAGUGCACAGACUCACAAACUGACGAUUGACACUGACAUCUGCUUUGAAGAGCUCUGUACUGACUCGUAGGACACACGUGAUUUGCGUAAUCUUAUUUCUUAAAUGAUGGGAUUUAUUUUCUGCUGAGCUUGGUGGCAGUUGUUGAUUGGUUUCAAUGUUCUCUCCCAGUUUUAUUGGUCAGAUGAACUUGGAUUAUUUUUGUGUUACUUCACACUGGAUCACAAAGGGCAGAAAACACUACUCUAUGGAAGCUUGUUGCAUUUCCAAUCCGUGAUGAUACAGCAGGUAUUAUACAUAUAAAUAAUGUUUAAAUAACUUAUAGCUGUGGUUUUAUCAGCUCUUAAAGGCAUCUGCUGUGUGUGUAUGUGACCACAAGUACACACUUCAAAUUUGAGCAGCAGUUUCUGCCUUCUGCAAUUUAUUGUGGAUUUUUCCUUUUAAUAACGUUGUUUGGCAACUUUAACGUUUAUUCUUUUACUACUUUCUACUACCAAAUGCUUAUGAAAUUGUUCAUCACUGCCUACAGAGGAAUCCAGGUAUGAGGACUGUACUAAAUGUCUGGUAUCACGUUCUCACUUGAGUGCCUUGUAAAAAUAUAUUUCCAAAUAUAUUCUGUUGAUGAAAGAGGCCGUUUUUUGUUGCAGUCCUGUUUAUAAACGAUACAUUGCUUUGUGUGGUUAAAGGCAUUUAAUAUAAUACAAACAAUUACAGCCAUCUUCUCUCCUGAGACUCUCACAACAUGGAUUUUACACAGGCCACUGACACAAACAAUGUGUUAUUUGUUCAUGUGCCUGGUGGAGUUUUCCUUGUGUGGGCUGUGGGCACACCCUCACAAUGAAUUCACUUAAAUGUCCUGAGAAGAAUUAACAUCUUCACUGUUUAGCGACGGACAAAAAAACAAUGGAGGAAUGGGAAAUGUCCACAUCUGUGGAAAAACUCUAAUAGUCCUCCCUCCCCGUCAGUCUUUCAUGACUUCAGGGUCCUGGUUUUCUGCUGCCAGCUUCAUCUGCUUCUGCUUCUGCACGAAGCGGUAGCCUCGCAUCGCACACAGGUAGCCUCCGUAGGCCGUCAGCAGCAUCAUCGAGGCGGAAAACGUCCGAUAGCCGAUGUCAGCCAGGCGCUUUCCGGACACCAUGGUGAGGAUCCUACAGGGACCAGGGACAGGAAGUCUGAGCAGGUUCAGCAGCAAAAACACAGCACAAUUUGGGAUUUUGUCACACUGGUGUGCUGCAGAUCACUGUGCAAGGUGGUUUUAUAGCUACAUUUGAUUUUACACGAGUGUUGCAUCAAUGAGAUGAGUGCUUUGAUUCACAAGCUCUUUAAUUGUCGUUCAUUUCUAGGAUUAGCACCAAAAAGUUGAAUCAGUUUUAACAUUCAACGUUUUAUGUAACUGUCGUUAGUAAGUCUGAUGUUAUUCACAGUCGCAGAUCGUUCACUGCUCGUUAACACACUGUCUCUCACAGUCUCUAUUCAACAGUCCGUGUGGUUCAUCUGACUUAACGUUGAUGUCCGUACAAAGUUACGUACUCUGUCUUUAUCACUACCAGCGAGCUAGCAGUCGGUCAGCUGCACACAGGUUAGCGCACUAUUGUAUCCACUCACGUCUCCUCUUGGAGCAAAUAUCUGGUCUUACCUUUUAUUUUAGGAAGCGAUAACAAGUACAGGUUGUUGUAGCUGUCCUCAAUGUCAGCACGCCGACUCAUGAAGUUAAAACGUAAGCUAGCUAACCUUUCGUAAGGUACGGAAACCCAGAGGGGACUUUUCUCUUCUGACAAAAUUGCGAGCAAAGUUGCAGAGCGACACCUACUGACCGGGAGUACUUCAGUAUAGCUCUCUUUUAUUUUAAGGCUUUUCUAACCCGGUGGUAUUUCUUGUAAUUAUUUCAAUGAAUUAAUCUUAUUCAUAUCUCAUGUUUUUGAUUGUAUCUGUGUAUUAUUUGUUUUACUGCGAUUACAGUUUUUUUAUGACUAACUACACU